AUCCUUUAUUCUGAAAUAUAUGUAAGCCUUUGUAAAUGAAUGAAAUAUAUGUAAGCCCUGGGAAGCUCAAGCCAGUAUUAUCUAUGGAAAACAGAAAUCUUUGCUUAACAGUAGUUCAAAGCAAUUUGCAAGUUGCUGGUAUAUGUUACAAAAUUAUAUUAGCUAUUUGCAAUUUUCACUCUUUUCAGUCUUGCCAACUUAAGAAAGGCUCUUGAAGCUGCUAUGCUAAAUAGAGUGUAGGGAUGGUGAGGUUGGGUUUUAUAGAUGCCUACAUCAGAUAUCAAGAUACUUCUUAGUUAAGUUUGGGAUGAUUACAAUUCGGAAACAUAUAUAUUCAAGCUACAUUUUGGAUAAGUUAGUGAUGUCAUAUGUUGGACAUAAUUCAUGCACCAUGCUAUCAGAAGAUUUGGCCUUGUCAUUAGAGAGAACAAAUUCUACUAUCUUAUGAAAAAUCUUGUAAACAGAACAAGCAAUGAGGUUGAAAACAAGAUCAUUCGUAGCCCAACAUAUUCACCAAAGACCAAUAUCAUUUAGAACCCACAAGGUUUGACCACCAGAAUUGGGACACUGCACCCGCUCAUUAAAAAUUGAAUAUCUAGUUAAGAUUUAAAGAGUUGCCAUAAUUUAAUAGGAAAGACGCACAGAAAGAAUUGAUUAAUGGUUUCCGCUUUAGAUUGACAAAAGGGACAAGUAGUAGCAUUACUGCACACUCUUAGUUGAGAUGAUCAACGAGAGGUGGCGGUGCAAAAGUUUCCAACAAAGGCAACACGGGAAGCUUCCACAAACAAUACAACUAGUCCACGUUAGGAUCCAACCAUCCCAACUGAGAAGCAAGAAAAUGAUAGGCAGACUUAGCAGAACAAGCCCUCUAAUUAUCUAGCUUCUAAAACUAAAAAUGAUCAUGUGAUAUAUGGAUUAACAAUGAGAUUAGAACCACCAAAGAUCUAUCACUAGCAUGUAUAUUGCUGAAAGCAGCUUAAAUGGAAUACGAUAAUCUAAAAUAUAGUUAUCUUUGAAAACAUCAUGUGAUAUAUAGAAGUAUCACCAAAAAAAUUAGUGAACUCUCUUUUGGAUUUAAAUUUGUUCAAGUUGUAACUUUUAUUAUUAAAUAUUUAAUUUAAUAAUAAUAUAACUGUUCUCAUUAUGAUUCAUAAUUUAUUAUCAUGAAUUUCUUCAUUUAUUAUGAUUUAAAUGAUUUUAGUUUUUUAUUCUUUAUGCAUGAAACCGUUAUUAUUAAAUUAAAUAUUUAAUAUCAUUAAAGUUCUUAAUUAUGGUCCAAACGUUACAAAUUUGAAUUAAUUCUUGAACGUUAUGAUUUGGUGAUGAUAAAUGUUCUUGAUGGGAGAACAUCUAUAUAUAUAUGAGAAUUUUGGUCCCUGGGCUCAAUCAUCUCUUUGAAGCGAAAUGCUUUCCUACACCAUCUAAAGCGAGAGUUCUGAGCUAAGAAGUACCAAAGUUCAAGAAGAAACCUCUGCAGAAAUUCUUGGUGACAAUGGCUGGAGGUAAUCUCCACAAAGUGGAGGAGAGUCGUGGCUCAUAUUUGUCUUCCUCCUCGACCGACGAAGAUGUUGUGCCCUCAUAAAUUCCAACACAAGGCAGCAGGCUCUCCGCCACCUCGCAUGUUUAAUUAGUCUUGACAUAAAAUAAGAAUGGGGAGUCUGAGUCUGCAAUCACUUGUUCCAGAUGAUGAGCUGAUGGUUCGCAAGUCUGUAAGCUAUCGUCCGAACGUUUGGGGCGACUACUUUAUCCAACAUGGUCAGUCCGUUACUCCAACAUCGGAGGAGUGUGAGACAACGAUAAAAGAGAGAGUUGCGGAACUGAAGGAGCAGAUAAGAAGCAUGUCCAAGGAUCCUACUGACAUCUUGCAAACUAUGAAUUUGGUCGAUUCAAUCCAGCUUCUUGGAUUGGAUUAUUGCUUCGAGAAGGAAAUAAGUGAAGCGUUAAACCAUAUCUAUGAUGCCCAUAUUGACGACCAUGGUCUUUACGACCCUGCUCUCCGAUUUGGACUGCUGAGACAACAAGGAUAUUAUGUCUCCCCUGACAAAAUUUGGACUUUGUUGGCACCAUUUACUCAAUCCAACUUGGCAAUACUAUAUCUACACGUAUCAAAGACAUAGUUUUGAUGAUCAAAGAAUGGAAAUAUUUUAGCGCCGACAUCAAAAAAAUGUUAUGAC